GUGAACUCUGUGACUUGGAGCGCUGCUUCCUCCCGGUUUAUCUCGGUUUCCUCGUUCGUGAAAUGGAAGGAAGGAUGUUGGGCCGCGUCGGAGGUGGAAGUGCUGCUCCCCGCCGGGACCCUUGGCCGACACCGCUGACUUCUCCACGCAGGUGAACUCCUCCUCCCUCAGCUCCCCCGCGGCGCGCAGCUCCAUGGCCGCCCCCUCCCUGCACCCCUCCCUGGGGCCCAGCAUCGGCUCCUCGCUCGGCUCCCCGGGACAGCUGCACUCACCCAUCAGCACCCUCAGCUCGCCCAUCAACGGCAUGGGCCCGCCCUUCUCGGUCAUCAGCUCCCCCAUGGGGCCGCACUCCAUGUCGGUGCCCACCACACCCACCCUGGGCUUUGGCACCGGCAGCCCCCAGCUCAGCUCGCCCAUGAACCCCGUCAGCAGCAGCGAAGACAUCAAGCCCCCGCUGGGCCUCAAUGGUGUCCUCAAAGUGCCGGCCCACCCCUCAGGGAACAUGGCGUCCUUCACCAAGCACAUCUGUGCCAUCUGUGGGGACCGCUCCUCAGGCAAGCACUACGGGGUGUACAGCUGCGAGGGCUGCAAGGGCUUCUUCAAGCGGACGGUGCGCAAGGACCUGACGUACACCUGCCGCGACAACAAGGACUGCCUGAUCGACAAGCGGCAGCGGAAUCGCUGCCAGUACUGCCGCUACCAGAAGUGCCUGGCCAUGGGCAUGAAGCGCGAAGCCGUGCAGGAGGAGAGGCAACGCGGCAAGGACCGGGGCGAGGGCGAGGUGGAGUCGACCAGCAGCGCCAACGAGGACAUGCCCGUGGAGAAGAUCCUGGAGGCCGAGCUGGCCGUUGAGCCCAAGACCGAGACCUACGUGGAGGCCAGUGUGGGGCUGAACCCCAGCUCGCCCAACGACCCCGUCACCAACAUCUGCCAAGCGGCUGACAAGCAGCUCUUCACGCUGGUGGAGUGGGCCAAGCGGAUCCCGCACUUUUCCGAGCUGCCCCUGGACGACCAGGUCAUCCUGCUGCGGGCAGGCUGGAACGAGCUGCUCAUCGCCUCCUUCUCGCACCGCUCCAUCGCCGUGAAGGACGGCAUCCUCCUGGCCACCGGGCUGCACGUGCACCGCAACAGCGCCCACAGCGCGGGCGUGGGCGCCAUCUUCGACAGGGUGCUGACGGAGCUGGUGUCCAAGAUGCGGGACAUGCAGAUGGACAAGACGGAGCUGGGCUGCCUGCGCGCCAUUGUCCUCUUCAACCCCGACUCCAAGGGGCUCUCAAACCCAGCCGAGGUGGAGGCGCUUCGCGAGAAGGUCUACGCAUCCCUGGAGGCGUACUGCAAACACAAGUACCCUGAGCAGCCAGGAAGGUUCGCCAAGCUGCUGCUGCGCCUGCCCGCCCUGCGCUCCAUCGGCCUCAAGUGUCUGGAGCACCUCUUCUUCUUCAAGCUCAUCGGGGACACGCCCAUCGACACCUUCCUCAUGGAGAUGCUGGAGGCCCCGCACCAGAUGACUUAGGCCCGCUGGUCCCGGCCCGCCCCGCCCUCCUCUGCCGCCUGGACCCGGGGGCGUGGCCCGCCACUGCUGAGCCUCCUCGUUUUCCACACGACUCGUCUGGACCAGGGCAGCGGGCAUCCUGGGGCAGCCUCCAGAGUGGCAGGAGCUGGUGUGAGCCCCGGGGGGGAUCCUGGGCGGGCUCACGGGGUACAUGCCGCCACCCCCGGAGCUGCAGCGGUCAGAGGGCGGCUGGGCUCCGUCACGUUCUGUGGUCGCUGGGUUUGGCAAUUUCCCGUGUGAGGUCCUCUAUUUGCAAGGAUCCCUCUGCCUCCUGUGUUGGCUGGCGCCCUGCCCGCCCAGCUUCACCUGCAAUCGGGAGGAGGGGACAGGUUGGGGGGGGCUGCCAAAGACCCCCACCCACCUCCUGGGAGGACAGAAGGGGCUCUGGUCCCUCAGAGUGAAGGGUGAGUCCUUUUUCCAAAGAUGACUUUCAACCUGCUCCCUAAGCCAGUCAGAUUAGGAGCCGACCUCUGUGCUGGGUUUGGGGGUCACCUAAGGCUACAGGGACACCCGCACACCCCUCCCACCUCCGUGUUCUCUUUGCGUUGUCCUGAUUUCAGCUUCUGGUCCCACGUGGUCCUGUCCAGCCCACCCCCAAACCUUCCAGCCUGUGCAGUGGGCUGAGACUGGCCCCAAGCCUGCAGGGUGUGCCCGAUCUCUAGUGGACUGGAGGUCUGCUGACCACCCAGGAGGCCCACGGAGAUGGGAGGUGGGGAGGGGCCUCGGUCGGCCGCGCACGUUGAGGGAGGCCCAGCGGCGUCCAGAGCUGGAGGGACCUGUGGGCACUCCGCUACAGGGAACAGACAGCUGGCUGGGGCCUGCAGCACUCUGGGCAGGGAGGCCCCUCGGCUGGCUGGUGUCUCGUGGGUCCCUGGGGUGGGGAGUGGCCAAGCUCCAGCACCCACGGAGGGGGGGGCUCCCAGAGACAGGCUGUCAUCGUGUGUCCGUCCACACCCACCCUGGUCGGGGACUUGCCCAGCCCAGCAGGCCCUGCGUCCUGGGCCGGGUCUCUCAGGGCCUCUUUGCAGGGUCGCAUGCUCCCUCCGGUUCGUUCUCCCGUCUCACACCCCGGAACCUGGCGUGUCAGCUGGGGGGCCAGAACUGGGUGUGCGGGGUCCCGCUGCCCCUGCCAGAGGCCCCGGAGCAGGAGUGGGGUAGGCGUUUUGGCUGCUUCCCCCAAGCCUGUCUCCCCGGGGGGUGCAAGGGUGCCCCUGAGGCUGGGUGGGGACAGGCCGGCCUCCCAGCCUCCAUGGGGAAGAGGGUGCCGUUCUUUGCCCUCUGGGGUCCAGCCCAGGCUGAGUGUGAGGCUCCUGGGCUGACUGUGUGGACGCCACAGAACCUCCUUUCUCUGGGGCCCCCCAUUCCCGCCCCCAAGAGACGCGUCCCUGGGGGCCCUGGCACCCACCCUGUCUGCCCUCUUCAGCAGAGGUGGGCUGAGCUGGGGCCUGCCCAGCACCCCCCGGAAGUCUCAGCCGCCUUUGGGGGCGUGGUUGUGUCAGCAGAGUGACGCAGGCACCCUGGGGGUCCUCCCCGGGGGUCCCCCCGGUGGUGGGUUUGUAGGUCUGUCCCCCACCCUGCGCCCAGCCCGCCCCGCUGCCGUGCACCACCUGGCGCCCAGGAUGGGGCCCUUCGGGGGCUGGCCUCAGGGGCCGGCUGCCCGUAUAGCACUGAGGCCCCCUGGCCGCCCCUCCCCAAGCCAGCAGCCCCCGGCCUCCCGGCACCGCACCCCGGGCCCUGGGGCCAAGCCCCCGUCUUCUCCUCGGGCGCUGUCAUCCUAACGUCGUUGCUGUGUUUGAAAAGGUGACGGUGGGGAAAUGGCACGUUACUCAGUAGAUAGAAGUUUUCUUUAACCAGACCUUCAGUAGACCCAUCUGGUUCAAUUAAGGUGAUUUUGUUGGUAAUUAUUAUUUUGGUGGGACAGUCUUUAAUUUUCUAAAGAUAGCACUAACGUCAGCUCCUUAGCCAUUCUGUGCGCGUCCCCACUUGCUGGAUGCUUCCGGCACGCCCCCCCGCCCCCCUCCGCCAGCAUCACCUCCCGCUGGGCCAUCAGUGGGGCUCCCGCGGCCCAGGAACGAAGUCAGCCACCUCUCAGGUUUGGAAGCUGUCGGCCAGGCCAUCCUCUGGCGUGUCCCCCACCGGGUGUUUCCUUGGAAGCUGGCCCGCCUGGGCACGUCCGUGCAGAGGGCACCCGUGUCAGCUGCUGGCCCUCAUCCCCCCGGCGGGAGGACAGCCCCCGCCCUGGGCGUCCCAGGGUUUGGGCUGGCAGACCCCCGGGGCAAGUGCUGGAGACCACGCUGCGCUCCCUGCUCCGCAGAGGCCCUGGCUGGGCCCAGCCGGAACGUCCAGCCGGAGCGUGAUGGGCUGGUGUUGCUCCCGCCGUGGAGUUCGGUCCCUGCCCAUGCAGGUGUGUCGACAACACCCGCGCUAUAGAGACCGUGUGUGCACAGACCUGCUCGCCAUCCGCAAACACACGACCAGUUACCAGCGUUUUCUGUUCAUUUUUAAUCAAGACUCUCCCCCGGCCCUGUUUUCCUAUAAAUUUGCUUGUUGUAAGCAAGUAUGUAAGGACCCCUUCUUUGGUGAAAUCCGGGUUCGAAUGAAUACCUUGAGGCAAGGAGACGCAUCUAUUUUAAGAUGCUUUGGAGCAAACAGCUUUAGCCGUUGCCAGCCCUUAGCAAUGCCUUAGCCGGGACGUGUAGCUCAGAGAGGACGACAUACAGAGAGAGAGAGGAGACGUCUAAAGCAUCGGGAAAGGUAGAAAAAAAAUCUAUUUUUGUACAAAUGUAAUUUUAUCCCUCAUGUAUAACUUGGCGGAUGUGGCGGGGAGGGGGGACUUGUUUUGUUUCUGCUUCUAGAGGUGGAGGCUUUCUGAGUCGACGUCGGGACGCGAAGUGGAUCCGACGGGGGGCGCUCCGGCCGGGCACGCGGGCCUCGGACGACACCUAUGUGCUGCGCUUCCCCUCCGGGUGGGAAGGUGGGCCUGGAACUCUCGAGGGUUUUCCUCCCCUUCUGAGUAACGUCCAAGCCUCGCUCUGCGCUCUCCCCGUGGCCAGCUGGCCUUCCCGCGACUGACUGUGAAAUUACUUCCCCCCACGUGACUGUUCUCGAAAACAUCGCGGCCGCAGGUGCCGGGCGAACAAUGGUGUCAGAAUUGUGGAAAAGAGACUCAGAGCAAAACGUGAGAGGAGAAACAAACAAAACAUGAGCGUUUAAAAACA